UGCAGGUCCAACAGAACAGAACACAAUCGCUGCUAGCAUGUCGCUCGUCGGACGCGCUCCGACUUGUCUUCCCUCAACUCUCCUCCUCUCCGUUUAGUUGAAAAACCCGGUUCACUUCAACGUGGACGCGCCGGGCAACGGAUUAAACCCCGUCGGGAGAGAAGUGCGUCAUAAAAGAGCUCGCUUGUGUUUUUGUUUUUUUUUUAAGGUGGGGGAGUAGAAGUAGUAGUAGUAGUAGUAGUAGUAGUAGUAGUAGUGGUGGGGGGAAGCUUGCUAACUAGUAACGCUAGCCACAAUUGGGAGAUAAGGGACACAAGAGCUCACGCCCAGGCCAUGGCCUUAACCGAGGGAUGGGAGUGACGUGACACAAAUCAAGCCAGCGUCAUGUUUUUCUGCUGAAACGACGACGACGGAUGCUCGCGACAAUGGACGAGUCGGUGCUGCUGGAUUUGCUGGAGUGCCCCGUGUGCCUGGAGCGUCUGGACGCCUCGGCCAAGGUUCUGCCCUGUCAGCACACUUUCUGCCGACGCUGCCUACAGGGAAUCGUGGGCUCCCGCGGCGAGCUGCGCUGCCCGGAGUGCCGCACGCUGGUAGAGUGCGCCGUGGACGAGCUGCCCAGCAACAUCCUGCUGGUGCGCCUGCUGGACGGCAUCAAGCAGAGGCCGCGCGGGGCCGCCAACGGCAGCGCCGGAGCGGCGGCCAGGGCGCAUGGCGGCGGAACCCGUGGCGACCAGGGUGCGCCCGGAGCCCAACCCCAGCGGGCCCAAGCAAAAAGCACUCUUGCCCGGGGUGUCCCCCAGCUGCCUUGUGCCAAGGCGCUCUACAACUACGACGGCAAGGAGCCGGGCGACCUCAAGUUCAGCAAGGGCGAUGUGAUCGUCCUCCGCCGGCAGGUGGACGAAAACUGGUACCACGGCGAGAUGGGCGGCGUGCACGGCUUUUUCCCCACCAACUUCGUGCAAGUCAUCAAGCCGCUGCCGCAGCCGCCGCCCCAGUGCAAGGCGCUGUACGACUUUGAGCUCAAGGACAAGGAGGCCGACAAGGACUGCCUGCCGUUCGCCAAGGAUGACAUUCUAACUGUGAUCCGCCGGGUGGACGAGAACUGGGCGGAGGGAAUGCUGGGAGAUAAAAUUGGAAUUUUCCCCAUCUCGUACGUGGAGUUCAACUCUGCGGCCCGGCAGCUCAUCGAGUCGGACAAGCACUCCGACACCAACGGCGAAUCAGGUGAGGGGGCCUCCUCGGGGCCCCAGAGCAACGGCGGCCAUCGGGACAAGAAGAACAGCAAGAAGCGACAUUCCUUCACCUCCCUCACCAUGUCCCACAAGCCCAUGCUGGCUCCGCCCCCGCAACGCCACUCCAUGGAGAUCAGCGGCCCGGUGCUCAUCAGCUCCAGCAACCCCACCGCCGCCGCCCGCAUCGGCGAGAUCAGCGGGGGGCUUUCCUGCAGCGCACCUUCACAGGUACACAUUUGCACAACCGGACUGAUCGUGACACCGCCCCCGAGCAGUCCCGUCACCACAGCAACGGUCUUCACGUUUCCUUCGGAGACCAGCUACACAUCCAUUCCGCUGGACGCUCUCCCGCCACCGCCACCUCCUCCGCCGCAGUCGUCCGCCGGAAGCGCUGGGUACUCGCUGGUAGCGGGGCAGAGGCCCUCCCCCAGCGUUGGCGACCAGGGCGGCAGACAAAGACCCACAGUCUACGUGGCCAUGUUCCCCUACGUCCCCCGCAAGGAGGAUGAGCUGGAGCUGAGGAAGGGUGAGAUGUUCCUGGUGCUGGAGCGCUGUCAGGACGGCUGGUUCAAGGGCACCUCCAUGCACACCGGCAAGAUCGGAGUGUUCCCGGGGAACUACAUGAGUCCAGUCAGCAGGACGGCGUCAGGGAGCAGCCAGGCCAAGUUACCCAUGCAGGCGGGCAGAGGGAUCACCAUCGUCAGCCCCUCGUCCGGCCACCAAGGAGCCAUCGUGGCGGUCCCCGACUCCGUCAAACAUCCCCCCGUCGUUAACGCCGUCACCUCCGUCGCCGUUCAGCCCGCGGUGCCCGUAACUGUGGCUCAGACCGCCACUGGCCAGCAGCCCAAAGUACCGUUACACCUCAGCUCACAGAUGACUGUGAAUCAGGCUCGCAACGCCGUCAGGACAGCUGCAUGCCACGGUCAGGACCGCCCCACCGCAGCUGUGCCACCGCCCGGAACCUACCUCCCGCACCUCACUGCGUGCCCCCAGCCCUCCCCCGGCCCCACUCAGGGCUGCGCUCGGGCGGCGGUGUCGCUGGGUUGCGCCGCCGCCUCCCUCACCCCGCCAAACGUCAGCGCCGCCUCCCUGGAGGGAGACGCCUUGAGACCCGUGCCCGUCCUCGCCGGGAACAGUUCCGCUCUCGGUGCCGCCGCGACCAGCGCCGCCCUCGUAUGCCGCCUGGACAAGGACAUGAAGAGAGAAAAGAAAAGUCUUCUGAAGCUGCUGUCCAACAAGAAGAAGUCACGUCAGUCGCCGCCUUCCUCGCCCACGCUUGAGACAGAGCAAGCCGCCACCGGAGAGUCGCCCCAAGGUGCAGCGGGCCCCGAGGCUUCCCUUCCCUCCUCCUCCUUCGGCGGCCAGGAUGUCGAUGCCGCCCCCUCGCUGUCGUCAUCGUCCGUCUCCUCUUCUUCGUCGGACCCAUGCUCCCAUCGGAGGACCGGCGCACUGGACGGAAGCGCGCCCAUCGCUCCGCCCCCUCGCCAGCCGUGCUCCUCGCUGUCAUCGCUGCAGCAUGACGCCCGGCCCAUCAUCUGUGAGAGGUACAGGGUGGUGGUGUCGUACCCGCCGCAGAGCGAGGCCGAGCUGGAGCUGAAGGAGGGCGACGUGGUGUUCGUGCACCGGAAGCGCGAGGACGGCUGGUUCAAAGGAACGCUGCAGCGCAACGGCAGGACCGGCUUGUUCCCCGGCAGCUUUGUGGACAGUAUCUAAGCCGCGUCCCCCCCCCCCCCCCCCUCCGCACACACUGCUUUUGUUUUUAUUUAUACCCUUAAAUGUGUGCCUUGUACUGUUCAUCACUUUAUUGUACAUAAGGACACAAAGAGGAUUUAGUCUCGGACAAACAAUACUCGUUAAUAUAGAUAUGUUACUCUUUUUUUAUAACUUAUUUCAACAAAUACUGGCCUUUGUUUUUCUUUUGGGUAGUUCAAGGGGUUAAACUGGCACGUGCUCUCGUUUGAUUUGUGGUGAUUUUGAAAUGGGUGGGCAACCUGUGCUUCAUACAGGUGCAUCUCAAUACAUUAGAAAAUGGUGGAAUACUUCAUUCAUUUUAGUAGUUCAGUUCUAAAAGUGAUUAUUAUUAUUAUUUUUUUAAUAAUUUGGAUGCUUGCAAAAGGAAUACAUUCACAUUUUCUUCAUUGACAGAAUUUCAAACUUUGAUGAAUCUUUUCCCAUAAGUAUAUACAGUCAAAUUCCCAAAAUGACUUUUUCUACCAUUUUGUAAUUUAUCGAUAUGCUAAAUCAAAUCAAGCCUCGACGGAAAUAUUCUAAAUUCAUCCGAGGUUCCUCCAGCUUCUCCGGUAACGACUCACUUUCCUACCGUUGUCGUUUUACGGGCCGGACGAGCUGUGCUGCUAAUCAAACGUACGCCGGCGUAGCUCUGCAUCGCCAGAGUGACUUAACAUUUCAGCCUUUUUUUCCCCCCUGUUAAUAUUAUUUUUAUUAUCACGACAAAAUGCUGCUCCUCGACGGUUGUAGUAACCUCACGACUCUUUAAUGUGACUCCACCACCAUGACGCAACAAAGCACGUUUGCCUCGCUUUUGUGAACAUGCUGGAAUACUUUAUAGAGAGAGAGAUGAUCGCUUUGAUUGAUCCCUUUUGAUUGUUUUUUGUAUUGACUUGAAUUACCGUAACAUUUCUUUUGCGAUCCGAGAGAUUUAUUUGUAUUUGUUUGUAGAAGAAACAACACUGUGUUAGCAGUUAGCAUUAGCAGCGUUUUUGUUCUCCGUGUUGGCUUCCCACAAUUAGUUUUUAUAAUAUGGUUAGCCCUUUAAUAUUUGCAUUUCGGCAUUCACAAAGUCACCUGUUCACAGAUUUUUUUGGGUGGGAACAUAUCGCUCGUUAUUUGCGGAAACCCCCGAUGAAUCUUCAUUUGUUUUUUGGGGGGGUUGGGGGGGGCGGACCCGCCACUGCUUAUCUGUUAUUUUUCAGAAAACAUGUUUUGUUUUUAUGACAAUUGUUGCAGAUUUUUGACAUUCAUGGUCAGUCUCAGUCUCUAUCCCCUGCGAUUAGCGGGGGCCCACUGUAAUCGGUCCAGCAACUAACCGAUUCAUAAUCCGGAAAAUGUUGGACAGUGCAGUUUAUUUCAAUGUUUUAAUGGUUGAGUAUAGGGUGUAAGAUCAGUGGUAGGGAAUGGACAAAUUGUUCUUAAUGUAUCAUUUGUCCAUCGUGUUUUUUUUAUAUAUUGAAUCAAUCUAAAAUGGGCACUAUUCAGAAAAAAGGUUUCCCGUUACUUCUGAAGUUUAGUGUUAACUGUGAUCAUAAUUGAUAGUUCACUGUUUUCUAUUCGAAUCUUUCUCGAUACUCCAUAAUCUUGUGUCUCGAAACGUUCCCAUGCAAUGCGAUGCACCCAUGCAUUAAGAAUAAUAACAUCAAAAAUAUAUUUUUUAGAUGCAGGCUGGUUUGGGCCUAUCAGCAGCUUUUAUCAAGGACUAUUAUGGCCACAAAGUUUGACUUAAGUCAAAAUAUUAGGAAAAAAUAUAUAUUGUCAAUUUACCCGAAUAAAGUUGUAAUAUUACAAGAUUCUUUUAUGAGAAUAAAGUCAUACUAUUUGGAGAAAAAAUAUGGAGUGUAGCAAUAAUAAAAUUUUCCUUAAAAAAAAUCAUUCGUUAAAAAAAACUGCUAUUCUGGUAAUUUACAUUUUGUUAUAAAAUGAUCUUUAUUUACACAUUUUUUUUCAUGACUUAUUGCCAAAAAUCCACCUAACCCUUAUAAUAUUUUGCAAAUGUUUGCAUCAUGACUUUUCAUUCCUCUAAAAAUACUUUUAGGACAUUUUCUCAUAACUGAUCACUUUAUUAGCACACCGUUUUCCUGACUUAUUUAAAAAAUAAGUAAUUCUCGUAAUAUUUUAAAAAGUAUUCCUAGUAAAAUGACAUUUUUCACCUUGUAUUUUUUAGUUUCAUAAAAUACAAUUAUUCUAAUGACUUUGCAUAACUGGACUUUUUUCUUGGUAAACAAUAUUACAACCUCAUAAAAUUAUGAUUUUAUUUAAAUAGAUACAACUUUAUGCAUUUUUAAAAAAAUAAGACAAUUUUGUUAGUGUCACAAAAUUUACUAUUCAGACAAUAUUACAACUCUGAGUUUGUAACUUUGUUAUUGUAAUGUGAUGAAAACAAAAUUCCCGUAAUACCCCCCCCUCGGAAAAAUACAACGGUGGAUGACUGGUUAGCACAUCUGCACAUCACAGUUCUGCAGAUCCGGGUUCAAAUCCCGGCUCCGCCUGUGUGGAGUUUGCAUGUUCUAACCGUGCCUGCGUCGCUUUCGUCCCACAUCCCAAAACAAAAACAUGCAUGGUAGGUUCAUUGAAGACUCUAAAUUGCCCGUAGGUGUGAAUGUGAGCGUGAAUGGUUGUUUCUACGUGCUGUUGUGGCCUUAAUACUCCUUUUUCAAACAUAUACUGUAUAGUCAUGUUUCACCACCCUUUCGUCCUUCAGCUGCACAGAGGCAAAGGCAAAAUAAAAAGUCUUCAAUCACAUUCAUUUUGAAGAACGACUUCACAACUCUCCUGCUAAGUACUUGGUCUGUUUUUGUUUCUUAUUGGUUUCUGGGGGGCCUGUAGUUCCACUGUCUGAAAGUGAAAUCAACCCUAUGUGUGAUCUAUUGUGAAAAGUAUUUGAGGGAAUAGCACAUUUUUAAGAGGCUGUUUAACAAUAAAAUGAAUGGUUUCCACUGCA